CUGCACAGCAUAUCCGGCGCGUUUCUUUUAAAUAUUUGUGUAGUAGAAAAUAAUUAUGAUACACAGACGAAAAGUCAGAAAUUACUUCAGGAAAUUACUUUUGCCUUAAACACAUUGUAUGUUCUUAGAGGGACACUAAAAAGAAAUUGUUGAUUCCAGUGAAAAAAAAUUGAUGUUUGAGAUAAACGAUGAACUGGAUUUGAAAAAUUCCAUUUGUACUUCGUGUUCUUUCCAAAAUUUUGUUAAUGCAGGAUGGCUGUUAAUAUGAAGGUUGCGACAACUUUAGCUGUCAUAUUUGGAAUAAUUUAUUUAACAAGUGUAGAAGGUCGUUUUAAAAGGUGUUAUAAUUGCAGAUCAAGAGGAGAUCUAGGAGACUGUAAAGAUCCUUUUGAACUCAAUGCAACCAUGGUAGAAGAUGUAAAAGGCGUAGAAGCACUCCCUUGUGCAUCAGGAUGGUGUGCCAAAAUCAUUGAAGGUGAAAACAGUGAUUAUGAUACAGCCACAGAACGCAUGUGUGUGCAGAGACCCCCAGCAGAUGGUGAGGAAAGAUGUUCGGACACAGUCAUUGACAGGAAACCAGUCUACAUGUGCUUCUGCCAUGGUGACCUCUGCAAUGCAGGAAAGAAUUUACAAAGUACCCAUUACCUUAUUUUACUGGCAAUGACCAUGAUGGCGUUCCUGUUCGCCAAGUGUACGGCAGUCUGAAAACAUCUUUCUGGAGUUAAUUAAAAAAUUAGAAUCUUUUAACAUUGUUGAUUUAAACAGACUAUUUUAUACCUGAUCAAAAGUUUUUCUCAGGAAACACAUUCGAUUUAGUAAAGUAAUCACUUGGAUAAUUUUUUAUACCUGACCAAAAGUUCAUGUCAGGAAACAUAUUCUGUUUAAUAAUUUGAUUACUUUUUUAUACCUGAUUAAUAUUUUUUUCUCAUGAAACGCAUUAGAUUUAGCAACUUGGGUAACUUUUUAUACCUAAUCAAAAGAUUAUCUCAGAAAAGUUUAUACCUGAUUAAAAGUUUAUCUUAUUCUAUUUAAUAAUUUGAUUACUUUUUAUACCUGAUUAAUAGUUUUUCUCAGGAAACUCAUACGAUUUAGCAACUUAAUCAAUUUGGUAACUUUUUAUACCGGAACAAAAGUUUUUCUCAAAAUCCCAUUUGAUUUAGUAAUUUAAUCACUUUGAGAAAUUUUUUAUACGUCAUCAAACGUUCAUGCCAGGAAACAUAUUCUAUUUAAUAAUUUGACUACUUUUUAUACCUAAUCAACAGUUUUCCUCAGGAAAAACUUUAUCGUAGCCACUUGUUAACUUUUUAUACCUGACAAGAAAUUUUUCACAGGAAACGCAUUCUGUUCAGUAACUUGUUAACGUUUUAUACCUUAGCAAAAGUUUUUUUUUUUCAGAUAUCAUUUUCUCUUUAGCUACUUGUCAUACCUGAGUAUAAGUUUUUCUCAGAAAACACAUUCUCUUUGGAAAAAGACUUGAAAAUUAAAAUUAAAUUACAGUCAUUAAAAGUUUUAAAAAAAACAGCAAAAACAAGUGGUAAAAUUGGACCACCAAAAAAAAAAAAAAACUGCCCACAAUUGCUCAAUUUAUCUAGGGUGUUCCAGGUGCUAAAAAUAAUAAUUUAAAGUAAAAUAUUUUUAGAAUUCUAGUCAAAAAUGUAGUCUGAAAUAUAUAUAAAUAAGGGGUCAUAAAUUAAAAUUUAGGCAAGAACAAAAAUGAUAUUGAAAUAAAUCUAACAAAUUAUCACUUAAAAAAUUUGGAAGAAAGCAGAGAGGAGUUAAAAGGUAAUUAUUAGAAAUGCCUACAAGUUUCAAAAAGCAAUCAAAUGGUUUUAAUGUAUUUCAAUCCACCUUUCUUACCAGUAAUUUGAAAGAUUUGAAUAUAUUUUUUUCCAAUUAAAUAUUAAUAAGUGAUAAAAAAAGAGAGCUUUUUUUUCACUUCUUUUUAAAAAUAAAGGUUAUUAAAAUUACACAAUAAAUAUGAUUACAUAACAAACCUGUGUAUGUGAUGAUUUUAAAUUUUAAAAAAGGCAAUAUUGUGAAUUAUUAAAAAUUGCUUUUUUAAAAAAAAUACAUUUUAAAGUUUAUCGUAUUGUUAACAAGUAUGCCAAUGGACAUGAUUGUAUGAAACAUUUUAUGCAUCCAUGUAAAUAUGUAUAAUUCAUAUAAAUCACAAUACUUGUGAAAAUGUAAUUGUUUUGUUUAUUAUAUAUUUUAUAAAUAUGGUUUAAUAAACAAACUCUAUUAUUUAUA